AUGGCGCCGUCUGGGCAGACAAAAGGGACAGGGCAAGGUGCAGGACCACAGCUUCUCAGCGAAGGUGGAGAGCUACGUGUCACACGCCAGCCAAGCUGUCAGUCCACGCCCAAGGAGGUCGGUGAUGUUCAGGAACUAGCUGACGGCUCCGUCGAUCAUCGGGGGAAAGAAUGUUACAUACGGGAUCAUGCUUUAACUUUCCGACCUGAUAACAAGAGCCUGUACAUGGGUUUUGAAAGGAAGGUGACCAUCACCUUCUGUGAUCUGGGUAUUUUCUUGCGUACACCUCCGCUAGCCUGUAAAGCAGCUCUCCUGCUCACUGCUAUGACCACUCCACUGGAAGAUGCAAUGGACACCUUGAUCAGGAUUUUCCAUCACUACUCGGGCAAAGAAGGAGACAGGAACAAGCUCAGUAAAGGAGAACUCAAGGAGCUCCUCACCAGUGAGCUCACUGACUUCCUUUCAGGCCAAAAGGACCCCCUCCUGGUCGAUAAAAUUAUGAAUGACCUGGACUCCAAUAAGGACAAUGAAGUGGAUUUUAAUGAAUUUGUCAUUCUGGUUGCUGCUUUGACAGUGGCAUGUAAUGAUUUCUUUGAAGAACAGCUAAAGAAAGAGGAAUUUUAAAAAUCCUCGAUGUAAUCAAUCUCCGGUCCGCAAAUGCAAGCAAAGCAUGCCUAGUUAGGUAGCCCUCAUUGGUGUUUAGUAAAUGCAAACCAUAAUUCCUCCAACUGUUACUGCUCUAAGACAUUUAUGGAGCUAAUCAGCAGCUGGUGUAAGCUGGACCACAGCCAGCUUACACUACUUGAGAUGUGCAGUAUUUCCAGUCU